AUGGCGGAGAAUGCAAAAAUAGUGAAAAUGAAAAGCAGGGAAGAGGAAAAUGAUAUAUUUGUGGCAGGAACCGAUACAACUGCAAUCACAAUGGAAUGGGCCUUUGCAGAGCUCAUCAACCAUCCUGACGUGUUCAAGAAAGCAAGGGUAGAAAUCGAUUCAGUCGGUGGAAAUAAUAGAUUGGUUGAAGAAUCUGACAUCCCAAAUCUUCCUUACCUCCUAGCAAUUGUCAAAGAAACACUUCGACUACACCCACCAGGCCCAAUGAUUUAUAGAAAAUCCAUCCAAGAUUGCAAGAUUGGAGGCUACGAUGUACCAGCUAACACCCAAGUGUUCAUCAAUGUGUGGGCCAUCGGAAGGGACCCUGAGCAUUGGGUCCACCCACUUGAAUUCCAUCCCGAGAGAUUCAUGCCGUCCAAUGAGAGCGACCAGAGUCACCACGUAGACAUUAGGGGGCAGAAUUUCCAUUUCUUGCCAUUCGGGAGCGGACAGAGAGGCUGCCCAGGCAUUUCUCUAGCAUUUCAGGUUGUACAAAUGACACUUGCUGUCACGUCCCAAAAUUCAGGUACAGAGUAUGCACCCUUAGACCCGAGUUUUGGUUCGUAA